AAUCACCAUUUUACACUCCUUUCCCCGCACUCCCGCUUCUUCUCCCAACGCACUUUUCGAAACACUCCUCUUCGAAGCGAAACGAAUUCACCCAAAACCAGAAAAAUCUCUGUCGAAAUCCUCUCGGGUUCAUCCGGUUCCAAUGGGCGACGAGGGUUUCGAAGAAUGGGACGCAGAUUUCCUAGACCAACUCAUCCAAGUCGAAGAACUCGCCUUGACGUCCACUAACCCUACCCAACACCACCGCCUCCCCCAACCACCGUCACUUCCUGAGAUCAGCUACUCGCCUCCGCGGGAGUUGUCUCAGAGAGUAACAGAUGCCAAUGCGAAGCAUCCCGACCGAUCUCUCGCCGAUUCGUUUCCGUUUGUCGCCCCGUUUCGUAAUCCCAACGAUGAAGAAAUCGAGAGAUUAAAGAGAGUUAGAGAUGGCAAUGCGAAGCAUCCCGAGCGAUCUCUCGCCGAUCCGGCUCCGUUCAUCGCCCUGUCUCGUACCCCGAACGAACAAGAAAUCGAGAGAUUGAAGGGGUGGUUACAGAGAGAGCUCGGCCGCGUUUCAAAGCAGCUCACUCACCUGGAACAAGAUUGCUUACAGCUUCGGAAUGAAAGGGAUAAGAAAGAGGAACAGCUUAAAUCUGUUUAUUCAAAGAUUGAAGCCAAAGAUGCUGAGGUUCAAUGUAGAAAAAGCAAAGUCUUGGACCAUGGAGUUCAUACUCAUGACCAUCCUGUUAUUUCUCUAGGAAUUCAAAAUGAUAACUCUUCAAACCAUCGUGGUGGCUCUCGAGAUAAUUUAGCUACACCAACUUGUAAAGCAGUUGGAGUUCAGACAGACAAAUCUUGGGACUCUACCCCUUUAUGCAGUAAAACCGAUUUGUCUACUCGUCAACAUUGUCAAAGCAAGCUGCUGGCUGUUUGGGACUCACCAAAAGUGCAAGGAUCACCUAGAAAUCUGGUUUCCAAGUUGUUAGUGGCUUGUGAAACAGACUUUCAUAUUCUUUUUGGAUGCUUGGGCUUAUCUGCUAAAGCAAUUACAAUCUCUCUAGCAGUUGAAAGAUCCGAUGUGGGUUUGCAGGACCAAAAGCCAGUUUCUCAGUCUGCUGAAGCAGCAAAAGUAUCUCACCUUUACUGUAUGCUGACGAAGAUUGGUGCUGGGAUGGUUAAGUGGGAAGCUUUAUUUGAAGCUUUAGUAGAUCUCUGCAGUCUCAAAGAUGAUGUUAUUGUGUAUAGAUCACUCCGGGUACUGCGUAUGGUUUUGAAUCACACGGUUGAUCUUGAAAGGGGAUUGUAUAUAAGGGACAAUGUCAUAGUCGAAGGACCUUCCUCUUCGAUCAACUCUGCAGAUACUUGUGAACUUAAAACUGAAAGUCUGUUUUCUGUCGGUGCUGACGACAUGUCCGGUUCAGGUCUUAUAUCAUCUAGAACAAGAUUAUUUGAUGAAGAAAUCUUAUGGAAGGACCAAAGGAACCUUGUUUCUGCAGUAUCAACCUCCUGUUUAGAUUGGGGUUCUGUCUUUGAACUGAUGCAUCAGAUAGCCAUGAAGAAUAUUGAGGAAUGUUUAAGGGUGGAAGCUGUUGCAAUUAUGAAUAUGAUUCUUAUGAGAAGUAAUGCUUACUUGGAUAGGGAGAAAUUUGCAAGAUUAUUGGCAUUUGAAAGUAUUUCACACUUGUUAAGGAAAGGAUCUGGUUUGAGUGUGCAAAAGCAAGCUGUUCGUCUUUUAUACUUGCUACUAAACUGUCCAAAAGUAAUGGCCAUGUUUUGCUCAUUUUGUGAAGAGGAGGCGGAGUGUAGUGGAGCUGCAAAUGUCGAUGCCAAAAAUGCUUCCUCUCAAGGAUUCAGUGUUAUUAUGGAGGGUUUAGAAGAUUGUGUCGCUUGUGGAGGAAAUGGUACACAGGAGCUGAAACUUCGCAGGAGUGCUGUUACUCUGUUGGCUUUCUUAGCAUCUUCGGGGAAACCUGGUUUUGAAAUUUUGCUGGGCAAGAGGCUUCCAAAAAGGACCAGUUUUCUUGCACUGAUUUUGAAAAUGGUGGUAUCAGAAAUGGACACAGAAGAAGUCAACUCUUCUGUGCCACCUGAAAUUUUUCGAGAAAGAACUUUGCUAAUCCGAGAGGCACUUAUCCUUUUGAAUCGACUUGUAUCCAAUCCUCAAUACUCCGCUCCCGUUUUGCGAAUAUUAACCAAUAGUAGAGAUAUGGCCUGCUUGACUGUCGAUAUCGCAAAUAGGUUAUCCUGUUCUGAUAAGUGGUUGUGGCAGUAUGACAGCACAACUCGGCAGAUGAGGGAGUCUGAAAUUGUGGUCUUGGCUCGAGUUUUUAGGAAAAGGGUUUUUACAUUUUUGGGUGAUACCAUGUCCUAGACUUUUUCAUGACACGCUUUCUAGAAAAUGGAAGGUGAGCAACAAAUCUAUGAAUGACUGUUCCUUUGAAGAGAAAAAAAGUGACUCAAGCUCAAAGAUUGUGUAGCAGUUUCACCUGUGUGGUCCUUCGUGUCUUCCAUUGCUCCCGAUGACUGCUCUCACAUGCACCGGCGGAGCCUAUUCAGAAGCUGUAAUACCAGAGGGAGCCAAUUACUUCAAGCUUUUUAAUUUGUGAGUUUUCCAUUUGGGCCAUUGUGUGAAUUAUGUUGCUCCAGUUGUAUGUAUCAAAGAUGCCUACUCACACAAUAAUCUAAACACAACAACUUACACAACCUCUCACAUAUAUGCGGGGCUUACACAUAGUAGUGUGUGUGGAGUUUACAUGCAUGUGAGAGGUUGUGUAAGUUGUUGUGUUUAGAUUGUUGUGUGAGUAUCAUUUUUGUGUAUGUUAUAUGCGUAUAUAUGCUUGUACAUGCUGUGAGAAAUAGUACACUGUAUCUGAGUGGUAAACUCAUAUGCCGUUAAUGAGAAUACAUUCGGUCCUGUUGUA